AGUCUCCUCGGUGGCUACCGACAAGCAAGGCGGGGCUGGCUUGCCGCAGGCGCCGUUUCCACCUUACCCUCCCCGGCGACGGGGGGUGAGAAAAGAUGAGCUUGGAGCCCGAGAGCACGAGAAGAGGCGCUACUCCCCCGCCUUGAGUGCCGGCAGCGACUGGUGAGGGAAGCAGGUGGCGAGAACCCAAGCCAAUUACAGUCAAAUCGCACCCCGUAGAAACAAAUCCGGCGGAGAAGAUGCUGCUGUCGCUGGUGCUGCACACUUACUCCAUGCGCUACGUGCUGCCCGCCGCUGUGAUGAUGGGCAACGCCCCCACCUACAUCCUGGCCUGGGGAGCCUGGCGCCUGCUCUCCACUAUGCUGCCCGCCCGCUUCUACCACGAGGUGGAUGACCGGCUGUAUACCAUCUACCAAAGCAUGGUCCUCUUCUUCUUCGAGAACUACACCGGCGUGCAGAUAAUUCUCUAUGGUGAUUUGCCAAAAAGUAAGGAGAAUGUGGUGUAUAUAUCAAAUCAUCAAACUACAGUUGAUUGGAUUAUAGCAGACAUGUUGGCCAUCAGGCAAAAUGCUCUUGGACAUAUUCGAUAUGUUUUGAAAGACGGAUUAAAAUGGCUUCCUUUAUACGGGUGGUAUUUUUCUCAGCAUGGUGGAGUGUAUGUGAAACGAAGUGCCAAAUUUAAUGAAAAGAAAAUGAGGAACAAGUUACAAAUCCAGAUGAAAGCAAAAACUCCAAUGUACCUUGUGAUUUUUCCAGAAGGAACACGUUACAAUCCAGAGCUACCCAAAGUCAUUGCAGAUAGUCAGUCAUAUGCUGAUAAGGAAGGACUCUCAGUAUUAAAACAUGUUCUUACCCCACGGGUGAAGGCCACUUAUGUUGCUGUUGAUUCAAUGAAGAGCUACAUAGAUGCAGUUUAUGAUGUUACAGUAGCAUAUGAAGGUACUGUGGACUAUAAAGGACAAAGGAAGAUGACACCAUCCAUGACAGACUUUCUUUGUAAGGAGUGCCCAAGAAUUCAUAUUCACAUUGAUCGAAUUGAGCUAAAAGACAUUCCAGAAGAACAAAUGUUUAUGAGAAGAUGGCUUCAUGAACGUUUUGAAGUCAAGGACAAAUUGCUAAUAGAAUUUUAUGAUGCAAAAGAUUCUAAAAGAAGAAACAAGUUCCCUGGGAAAAGCGUUCAUUCCAAACUAAGUCUCCAGAAAACUUUACCAUCCUUAUUAUUUUUAAGUGGCUUGACCAUCAGCAUGCUACUGACAGAAUCUGGAAGGAAACUUUAUAUGAAAACAUGGAUAUAUGGGAGUUUAUUAGGCUGUCUGUGGGUCAGUAUUAAAGCAUAAAAACACUGCACUUGCAGUCAGUGGCAUUUCUGUCCUGUUUUGCACAUCACAUCAGAUUCUUUCCUAAAUUUAUAUUAAAAUUUUAAAUAAAGUCUUAUCAGUUGACUAUUGU